AUGUCUCGGAUCGACACCAACGUCGAGGGCAGGGCUCACACCAUCAUUGGUGCCGGCACCCUCGGCCGCAGGAUCGCACUCAUGUGGAUCACCAACGGCGGCCUCGUCCACCUGUUCGACUCGAACGAAGCGGCACUGAAGAGCGCAGAGGAGUACAUUGAAGACACCUUCCCCGAAGUGGAGGCCAACAUCCUUCCUGGUACCCCUAAGGGCGAGCUUAAGCUGUUUACGGAUCGUGCGAAGGCCCUGGAGGGCGCUUGGCUGGUGACCGAGGCUGUGCCAGAGGUUCUUCAGCUCAAGAUCGACCUGCUCGGCGACCUGGACAGCGUCGUGUCUCCGAAUGUCAUCAUCGCUACUAACUCGUCCAGUUACACCUCCACCGAGAUGAUCGAGAAGGUCAAACACCGCCACCGCAUCGUCAACACGCACUACUACAUGCCGCCUGAGGCGCUGCCCGUCGAAAUCAUGCCCAACCGCUGGACCGACGAGGCUGUUGCACAGCUGUUGAUCGAGCAGAACAAGCGCCACGGCUUCAUCCCUUUCCACGUUCGCAAGGAGUCGGUCGGCCUCAUUGCCAACCGCAUCUGGGCCGCCAUCAAGCGCGAGAGCCUCUACACAUAUGCUGAGGGUGUUGCUGAGCCAAGCGAAAUCGACAGCAUCCUCGAAAAGGUGUUUGGUUUCUACCACGGCCCUUUCCAAGGAAUGGACGGUGUCGGUCUCGACGUCGUUAGGGAUAUCGAGAUGCACUAUCGAACGCUUCGUCCUGGUCUACCCGACCUCGUCAUCGAAUGCCUGGACGAGAAAAUCAAGCAGGGCAAGCUCGGCGCCAAGACGGGCGAGGGGUUCUACAAACACUCUAAGAAGCCUGCUGCCGACGCUGCGCCUUCCAAGCGCAUCGUCUACCUGGAUAUCAUCGAGGGAAAGAUGAAGUCCGUCGACACCGACGGCAAGGCCAAGAAGGCUCUCGUCGACGGGCUCAAGUUCAUGCCUGAUGGCGUGCAGAUCGACUCGAAGGGCGUUGCCUACUUUACCAACAUGGGCGCAAGCGCCGCCGAAAACGACGGCAGUAUAGCUCGUGUGGACCUGACAAAGGACAGUCCGGAGGUGACCUAUAUCGUCGAGCCGGGUCAGACGCACACGCCCAAGCAGAUUCAGCUGGACGAGGCCAACGGCAAACUGUACUGGUGUGACCGCGAGGGUGGUCGGAUUCAGCGAUGCGACUUGGAUGGUUCGGGCCUCGAGACGCUCUACGAUGCUGCGCCAGGCGAGGCGCGCCCUCUCCAGGAUGGUACAAAGUGGUGCGUGGGCAUCGCCAUCGACACCAAGCGCGGCCUGGUCUACUGGACGCAGAAGGGUAGCAGCAAGGGCUGGGUCGGACGCAUCUUCCGCGCCAGCAUCGAGCUACCCUCUGGCGCUACCGCCGAGAAGCGCACCGAUGUCGAGACGCUCUUCCACAACCUGCCCGAGCCCAUCGACCUGGAGCUGGACUUCGCCUCGCAGAAGCUCUUCUGGACCGACCGUGGCGACCCUCCUUUCGGCAACUCGCUCAACUCGGCCGACGUCUCGGCACCGCUCGACGCGUCCAACGAGCCCAAAGAGAUCAGCCGCGAAAACAUCGUUGCCGAGCGUUUCCACGAGGCUAUCGGCCUCGCCCUGGACCGCGAAAACAAGAUCGCCUACGUGUCGGAUCUUCUCGGAAGCUUAUGGUCCGUAGGCUUCAAUGGCGAAGGCCGCACGCAGCUACUCGCCGACGACGGCAACUUUACCGGCAUCGCCCUUGCCCCCAAAUUCCGCCGCUCUUGA